AUGGGAGGAUCCCUGGAGCUCACUGGCCAGUCUUCCUCAACCAGCAAGCUCUCAGCCAAAGCGAAAUCGAAAUGUGGCCCGACCUUCUUCCCCUGUGCCAGCGGCAUCCACUGCAUCAUUGGUCGCUUCCGCUGCAAUGGCUUUGAGGACUGUCCGGAUGGGAGCGACGAGGAGAACUGCACGGCGAACCCCCUGCUCUGCUCCACAGCCCGCUACCACUGCAGGAAUGGUCUGUGCAUUGACAAGAGCUUCAUCUGCGAUGGGCAGAAUAACUGUCAAGACAACAGUGAUGAGGAAAGCUGCGAGAGCUCUCUAGAACCAGGCAGCGGGCAGGUGUUUGUGACCUCGGAGAACCAGCUGGUGUACUACCCCAGUAUCACAUACGCCAUCAUUGGCAGCUCCGUCAUCUUCGUUCUGGUGGUGGCGCUGCUGGCACUGGUCCUGCACCACCAGCGGAAACGGAACAACCUCAUGACUCUCCCUGUGCACCGGCUGCAGCACCCCGUACUGCUCUCUCGCCUGGUGGUCCUGGACCACCCCCACCACUGCAAUGUCACGUACAACGUCAACAAUGGUGUCCAGUAUGUGGCUAGCCAGGCCGAACAGAGCGCCUCAGAGGUUGGCUCUCCACCCUCCUACUCAGAGGCCCUUCUGGACCAAAGACCUGCCUGGUAUGACCUUCCUCCACCACCCUAUUCAUCUGACACCGAGUCUCUGAACCAAGCUGACCUGCCCCCUUACCGCUCACGGUCAGCUAGUGCCUACAGUGGCAGCUCCCAGGCAGCCAGCAGCCUCCUGAGUGUGGAAGACAACAGCCACAGCCCAGAGCAGCCUGUCCCUCCAGAGGGCGCUGCUGAGCCCAGAGACUCUGUGCCCAGUCAGGGUACUGAAGAAGUAUAAAAUCCAGCGCUUCCAAAGUCCGUAUGGGUUGAUCUUCUCCAACUUGUUGAAUUCUAACAGCCUGUGCUCAUGGGAUGCUCUUUGAGCUCCUUUUGAGGAUGUCUCAAGUUGCAGUUUGGGGUGCUGACUGCCUUUCCAUCACCUUCUCCUCCAGAUUUCAGGGAUGCUCUGUGGAAUGACCUGGCACUCCUCUGGCCUCUUAGUUGGCAGGAUGAAUGGUCAUCUUCUCUGUGAGGACACUGUUCCUUCUGGGCUUAUGAUUAACAGCCUCAGAUGGCCGUGCUACUGUUGGUCUCUCCCAGCAGGCUUGUGACUGGGCAGUCAGCAGGAGGAAACCAUGUGUAAGUAGUUUUUGGCAGGAGGUCAGAAGACACCAGGUCAGACUCUCUGCUAUGCUGCCACAUUUGGAGACUUGGCUUGGAAGAUUCUGACAGAAGACCGUGACUAGAUGGCCACUCCAGAAAAGCAUCCAGGUGAACAUCAUAUCCCGCCUUGCACUGUCCAUCGUUCUUACUUCAGCAGAGGCCAAAGAAAAAUUCUGACUCUCAUUUGGUUUUAUUAAAGACUCAGAAACCAUCUACCUGGCCUUACAAUUUACCCAAGAUUCCUCAUUUUGAAAGCUUUCUCUAGAAGGGCAUCAUCCUUGACUAAGAAGGAAAACCCUGCCAUGAGUCCUUGGCUCCUAGUGUGUAGGUUACCAGAGCCUGGUCCUGCCUUGGCCCCAUAAUCCCUUCCCUGGCUUCUGGAUUGUCCUCGUCCAAGAUGGCCUGGCAUAGCUGAGGGUGAGAACCCAAACCAAGUUGGCCAAAAUUCUGAUUGAGCCCUUUGCCCCACUACUACAGGCCCAAUCUGACACACUCAUGCAUGCAGCUUCAUCAGUAGGUGCCUAAGCUUCGAGAACACCUGCACUAUUUUCCAUGUGCAUUUGGACUUGACGACCCAAGUUUCUAACUUACAUGAGAACUACAUUCAGUACCACCUGUGAACCCGCUCAGGUCUCUGUACAGCACACACAGCCCCAGGAACCGGGCAACAAAUCAGGAUUAGGGUUAGAGGGAGAGUCAGGCCCAGCCACAUACCCUACAGUCUCUCCUAUGAGAGAAGUGGGCAAUAGGUAACACGGAGUCAAGAUUGUCCAUUGGAUUUAUUUUUAAGCCUGUUAGAAAUGCAU